CAAUAUGGCUGGCUGUAAGAUCCUGAUUUUAUUCGUCAUUUUUCAAAUUGUUAACUCCAAGCCAUUUAAAGAAAUUCAUAUGAAAAAGGAUAUCGAGUUUUCCAUCAAACCCCCAGUGCUGCCGAUCAAGCCUUUCAAAUUUAUAAAACAUAAAUGGUUUCAUCUAGGACACGGUAUAGUAAAAAGGAGUCCUUUCGAGGUGAUACCAAAACCAGAAGAAAAUAUCGUGAAUCAAGACUCACUAUUAAAGGUAUCGUUAGAAAAAGAAUUUGGGAUUGGAACUCCUUUGCCGCCGCCUCCACCGCCACUCCCUGAAGGUAUACCACCAGCACCACUGAUUAUACCGGAAGCACCGGGAAUUUCAAGUCCUCCGCCAAGCGUACCUCCAGUCACAGGGUCAACCAUACUUGUAAGUGAGGAUUAUUUUUCAAGAUUGCCAGCAGAGGGAGCGGAAAUAAUAGUAAUAACUCCUGUACCUCCCCCUCCACCACCGCCUGUUGUGAGCAUACCUCCUCCGCCGCCUCCAAUCCCUGAGCCAAUAUCUGGACCUCCUCCGCCAGUGCCACCAGAAGUCCCCAAAGGCCUGACUCAAGGCAAUUUACUUACAGACAUAGGCAGGGUAGAAGAAAUAAAUGCAUACCUUAAAGCGGUGGAAGGUCUUGGUAUAACUCCACCUCCAGGCCUCAUAAUGCCCCCUCCUGCAGGGCCUCCGCCACCUCCUCCUCUAGAGGCCGUAUUGCCAGUGCUUAAUAGCAAUAGUAUAGAGGUUGAGGUCCCAAAACCUCCACCUCCGCCUGUUGAAAAAACGAGCCCCCUUGUGAAAGGAUCUCGACUUGCGCUCUAUUUCGGAAAUAUUUUCUUACAAGUGAUGUCGGAAGUUAUAUCAAGCGCUAGAUCAGCUCUCAGCCAAUAUUCUCCGCCGGCACCCAUUUAAAAUUAUGAUAU